AGCUAAUUGGGCUAGAGAUGAAUUCUUUAGCUGGUACUUUCUUAAAUAUAACUUACAUAAAAAGGAUAUUAUUCAAGUUUAUUAAUGUAUAUAAUGCUGGGAGAAUAGGGCCUGGGUUCCUUACUACGCAGGUGAUUUUGAUGAUUAGGCCUUCUCAGGUGAGUGAUGCUUAGGCCUUCUCGGGUGAGUUUGAUGCUUAGGCCUUCUCAGGUGAGUUUGAUGCUUAGGCCUUCUCAGGUGAGUUUGAUGCUUAGGCCUUCUCAGGUGAGUUUGAUGCUUAGGCCUUCUCAGGUGAGUUUGAUGCUUAGGCCUUCUUGGUUCGACUGUCGUUUUCAGUAUUUAGAUUUAAAAAAAAAAACCCAAGAACAAAGGUUGGUUAGAAACUGGUUCUGGCUUUAGUAAUGGAAGAUUUAUUAGAGUUACUAAGUAGUAGGCUACAUAAGCCGGCACUAUGUUUGGGUUUUGCUAGAGUGGGCAAGUAGUACAUAAGCUAGCACUAUUUUUGGGUUUUGCUAGAGUGGGCAAGUAGUACAUAAGCUAGCACUAUGGUUGGGUUUUGUUAGAGUUGGCAAGUAGUACAUAAGCUGGCAGUAUGGUUGGGUUUUGUAAGCAUAUGAGUCAAUAGAAUGUUGUGAAAAAAACAUGGGCUGCGUUUAAGCAAUCAGAGAACGUUGCUGAAAUAAUUUCAGGUGUAUCCUUAGGCUGUCAUGUGUCUACUGUGUCAUGGGGGGUCUCAUUGAUUCGUGUGUCUUGGAGCUUUAUCUGUGUCUUUAUAUUUUUUACAUUUUAAGUAUGUCUUUAUGUUCCCUUUAUAUAUUUUUUCAGCUGUGUCCUAACACUUAAUAUCCUAUAAGGAUCUAUUACAACUUAAUUUUUUAGGCAUUUUCGUUCUCACAUGCACAGAGUGAUCAAAAUAAGAUUCUUAUAAGAAGAGCCGACACGUGUGAUCAAAAUAAGAUUCUUAUAAGAAGAGCCGACACGUGUGCUCAAAAUAAGAUUCUUAUAAGAAGAGCCGACACGUGUGCUCAAAAUAAGAUUCUUAUAAAAAGAGCCGACACGUGUGAUCAAAAUACGAUUCUUAUAAGAAGAGCUGACACGUGUGAUCAAAAUAAGAUUCUUAUAAGAAGAGCCGACACGUGUGAUCAAAAUAAGAUUCUUAUAAGUAGAGCCGACACGUCGAUUUGCUCGAUAUCCCCGCGUCAAAACUAAGAAAAUAAUAAUUCUAAUCUGAAAUUAAAUUGACAAGCUGUCACAAUUAGCAGCUAAUCUUUUACGUCUGGUGUUACAUACAAAACAACAACAAAAAGACCCAACAAACUACAAACACUUGCAAUAGAAAUUAAAAAAAAAAAAUGAUGUUAAAACUUUCAAGGGAAGAAUUCUAUCUAAUCCACUUGUUCAUUUAAAAAUCAUGUUUACCUCCCUUAUUAUACAAAAAAUAUGUUUCUUUAGUAAUUUGUAAUUAAUUUUUUCGUCCGUCACAAUAUCAUUUAUAUGUUAGAUUGAUGGUAUAAACGAUCUUGUUGGCUGCCGUCCAUGGUUUGCCUUGUAAAAGUUAUGUGGUGGGGUGGGUGAAUAUACAUUGCUGUUAUUUAUUUCAUAAGUGUAUUUUAUUUUAAUGUCAUGAUUAUGUCUCUUUUGAUAACAUUUUUAUGUACAUCGUAGUGAGCCCAGCCCUAGGCUAGGGUACCGCGCUAUAUAAGACCUCUUAUUAUUAUUAUUAUUAUUAUUAUUAUCAUUUAUUUGUUAUGCUGAAAAUAUCAUUUAUAUGCUAUAUUAGAAGUAUCAUCUACAAGAUGUGUUGACAAAUUUAUUUUACAUGCUAUGGUGUCAGCGACAUGGUAACAGCAUCAUUUAAGUUCUAUGUUGACAAAAUGCUAUGGCCUCAGUGAUUUUGAUUUGCACAUACUCUGUUAUUAUUUGCACAUGUUAUGUUUUUAUUUGCAUAUAUUUUGUUUUUAUUUACUUUAUUCUGUUUUUAUCUGAUGUGUUCCGUUUUUAUUUGAUGCAGUCUGUUUUUAUUUAAAGUAGUCUGUUUUUAAUUAAUGGAGUCUGUUUUUAUCUGAUAUAUCAUGUUUUUAUUUGAUGUAGUCUUUUUUUUUUAUCUGAUAUAUUCUGUUUUUAUGAGAUGUAUUCUGUUUUUAUUUUCGCGGUUUCUGUCGCCACAUGAUUCUAGUUUAGUGAACAAAUUUUAAACAAAAAUUAUCUCCAGAGGCAUUAAAGCCUAGUGACCAUUGAACAAAUUAGUUUCAAGAACUAUUUUUUUAUCCUCGUGGUUUUGUCACUGUGAUGUCUUCAGACAAUGUUUAAGCUCUUAAAGUUUUUUGUCAUUUCAAAUUUAUUUUUUUAAAAAUGGUCCAAAACUACCAUUUAUAGUAAGUGCACAAAACACGAUUCUAUUUAUCCGUAGUACUUCAUUGCUUUACGAUUUACGCCUAUUUAUCCGUUGUACUUCAUUGCUUUACGAUAGACGUGUACUUAUCAGUUGUACUUCAUUGCUUUACGAUAGACGUGUACUUAUCCGUUGUACUUCAUUGCUUUACGAUUUACGUCUAUUUAUCCGUUGUACUUCAUUGCUUUAUAACACACCGUAAGAGAACCAACUCCAACCAUAUACCAAGCUGUGUGUUAACAAUGAGUUCACCAAGACACGGGGAAGUAGAUUAAAUUUAAACAUUUGGACACUGUGUUAUGCCAAGUUCAAUGUUUAAAUAUAGACGCGUUUAAAAAAAGAUAAAAUGGUGAAAACCCUUUAAUACGUCACUUCUGUUCAGAACAUCAUCCCCGCUGUUCAAGUCAACUACCAACGUCAUUGACAACGCUCAAGUCAACUACCAACGUCAUUGACAACGCUCAAGUCAACUACCAACGUCAUUGACACCGCUCGAGACAACUACCAACAUCAUUGACACCGCUCAAGUCAACUACCAACGUCAUUGACACCGCUCAAGUCAGUUCCCAACGUCAUUGACACCGCUCAAGUCAACUACCAACGUCAUUGACACCGCUCAAGUCAACUACCAACGUCGUUGACAACGCUCAAGUCAACUACCAACGUUAUUGACACCGCUCAAGUCAACUACCAACGUUAUUGACACCGCUCAAGUCAACUACCAACAUUUUUUAAUUGACUGAGCGUGGUCUGAAUGGAAUUUUUAGUUAGCGUCUGUUGAAAAUAACGUGUUAAAAAAAAACAACAAAUUUAUAAUUCUAUUAGUUUUGAAACGCAAUUUACAAUAGUUUUUGUUUGAUAAACACGGUUGAAAAGAAUAUUUAAUUUCAGUGUGGAAAUUGAUAUGAAAGUUGCUAGGAAAAAAUCAUCAAGGAAGUGUCAGUGAUUGUCUUGAUCAUAAAAUAUUGAGGAGAUUUCAAUUAAAAGUAACGAAGUAGCACAAUAUUAAAUGAGAGGAAAAGAACGCCGCAUAAUUGUAACACCUUUAGGAAUGCCGUUAAAGCGGACGUGACUAGUUUUGAAAUUUGGGUGGGGAAGUCUUUAACAAAACAAUUGUAUUUCACGUCUGAUUUGGUGUCUGCAAUUGUGAAAUUAUAUCUUUAAAAAAAAAAUUCGAGGAAGGAUUGCUAUUACCAAAAGAUAGGGAACAAUAUAUUUAAAUAUAUUGUAACAUCAUUAAAAAUAUUUUUGCUCAAUUUCAGAUAUGAACUCUGAAGAUGAUCGCUUGAAUCCCUCCAUCCACCCACACCCCCACUCCACCCCCACUCCACCCACACCACCCACCACCCUCACACCAAACCUCCCCCCCCCCACACACCUGUAAUAAAUGUGGGAGGCCGGAUAUAGAUAAGCCUUUAAAAAAUGGUGAAAGGUCAAGGAUAGACGAAAAUGUAAAAAGGUCAACUAUGUUCAUGGCCAUCUCAAAAUGUGCGAAGGGAGAGAACUUCACUUGCCAACUUGGACAGGAGUGACCAGCUUAUAACCGAACUGAUGUUUUGAGUUAAUAAAAAAAAAAAAAAUGAUAAUAGUUAGUACUCGAAACGUCAAUUGUUUAAUUUUGUGAUAUUUCAGGAAUUUCCUUUCUCUGUAUGUUAUAUUUCAUGUUUUCCUCUACUCUGUAUGUUAUAUUUUAUGUUUUUAUCUACUCUGUAUGUUAUAUUUCAUGUUUUUAUCUACUCUGUAUGUUAUAUUUCAUGUUUUUAUCUACUCUGUAUGUUAUAUUUCAUAUUUCCCUCUACUCUGUAUGUUAUAUUUCAGGUUUUUCUCAACUAUGUAUGUUAUAUUUCAUGUUUUUAUCUACUCUGCAUGUUAUAUUUCAUGUUUUUCUGAACUAUGUAUGUUAUAUUUCAUGUUUUUAUCUACUCUGCAUGUUAUAUUUCAUGUUUUUCUCAACUAUGUAUGUUAUAGUUCAUGUUUUUAUCUACUCUGUAUGUUAUAUUUCAUAUUUUUCUCUACUCUGUAUGUUAUAUUUCAUAUUUUACUCUACUCUGUAUGUCAUAUUUCAUGUUUUUCUCUACUCUGCAUGUUAUAAUUCAUGUUUUUAUCUACUCUGCAUGUUAUAUUUCAUGUUUUUCUCAACUAUGCAUGUUAUAUUUCAUGUUUUCCUCUACUCUGUAUUUUAUAUUUCAUGUUUUUAUCUACUCUGCAUGUUAUAUUUCAUGUUUUUCUCAACUAUGCAUGUUAUAUUUCAUGUAUAGUUAACAAGUUACCUGUACGGCACCAGAAUGACAAGUCAUCUAUACAGCACCAGAAGGACACGUCAUCUGUACGGCUCCAGAAUGACAAGUCAUCUGUACGGUACCAGAAUGACAAAUCAUCUGUACGGCAUCAGAAUGACAAGUCAUCUGUACGGAAACAGUGUGGGUAGAUACCAGGAAUCGCCAGAAUCGUCAUCAAGACCUGCUGAGACAACUUGAUGACAAUAUGCUAAAAGCUAUUGAAGAAUCGCAUGCACUACAUUAAGCUAUAGAUGUCAAAAUCUCAUGGC